UGUUGCUUCUCACCACCAUUGACUGUAAAUACGAAGUUACAAAAAAAGUGGUAAAUAAGACUCACUGUGGGAAGCCAUGGCAGAAAAGCUCCAGCAGUUCGACUCUGUAGUGAUCAGCAGCCUCCGGCGGUUCCGGGACCGAUACUUUCCUGCUAAACCAGCCAGAGAGGACUUGAUGCCGGUUCCAGAGCCGGGGAAAGAAGACGCACAGCUGAGAUUUUUGGAUAGGUUACCGGUGGAUAUACAAUUCCUGAUCAUGGGCCUUCUCUCUCCUGUUGACAUCUGCUGCCUGGGGGCCACCAGUCGCUACUGGAGAGCCAUGGUGAGAGAUCCAUUACUGUGGAAAUACUUCUUGUUGCGGGAUAUGCCACACUGGUCCUCCAUUGAUCACGUCACCAUGCCCAACCUGGAGUUGCUGGAUGCUCCUUUAAUCAGUGAAGAGGAAAGCCUUGAAGAUGGAGAGGGGGUGGAGGAGGAGAAAGGAAAAGAUCUGAAAUUUGAUUUCAUGUCAGAAUAUUUAAAAGGUUGCCCAUCCUGCAGACAGCAAUGGCUCCCCUCACGGCCAGCGUAUAAGGUUGUGACAUCAUUCCUCCAGUAUCUGGUACCCUCCUCUGAACCUCGUUAUGCCAUGCUUGGUCCCGGCAUGGAGCAGCUGGAUGUUUCUUUAGUCACCAGGCUCAUGCAUGCGCCAGAUGUGCUGCCUGUUUCAGUCAUUCCACAAAGACAGAUAAAUGGCAUUGGUUCAGGAGUCAGCUACAUGUUCAACCACCAACACAAGUUUAACAUCUUAACUCUGUAUUCAACCAACAGAGCAGAGAGGGAGAGGGCCAGACUGCAGCAGCACACCAUAAGUAAUAAGCUCUUUGCUUGUGAAGGAACGGAUGACUCUGGCUACCCGGUGUACAGCCCGGCUGCCCAGGUCCAGCAGGUGUGCCAGGUCGUGGAUGGUUUCAUUUAUGUUGCUAAUGCAGAGCCCGAGACAGAAGAGAGAAAAGGUGACUGGAAGUCCGAGGUGGCCCAGAUUCGGGCUGUACUGAACUGUGCUGGACAUCCCACAUCCAGGCCUCUACUUGUUCUCUCGUGUGUCUCCAGAGAGCAGACAGAAACAGUCGGUCCUGCCAAGUGUCGAACUCCUUGCGUUUACAUGGCAAAGACACUCUGCCUCCCUCAGCUCCCUAACCCAUGGAUGGUGCAGGAUACGGUGGCUGAAUCUCUGUCAGGUCUUCUGGAUGGGGUUUCUUGGCUGCUGAGAUGUUCUGGUGUCAAACUUGGCUAGUUCCUAAAGUCUGGCUGCCAUGAGAUGAAUCCUAAACACAGACAUUAUCACUACAUAAUCCUGUCCCCAGUAAAUACCAGAGUAUUUUCUGAUCAAUGUUUACCAUGUAUACAUAGCACCUUAUUCUCAGGGCCGCAGCACUGGAGGGCAGGGGAUCGGAGAACCUCUUACUGUAU